AUGGGCAUGGAAAUGGCAGGUGAGAUGCUGAUUGGUGAAAACUCAGUUUUUGGAACAAGGAUGUCAUUUCAGAAGUCAGUCUUGAAAAAUCUUCUUGAUGUAUCUGAAUUUAAAACCUAUUUGAAGUUCAUUCAGUCAUAUAAACAAUUUGUUAAAAAGGUAAUUUUUUACAAAGUUAAAAAUCACUUUACAGGAGAGAACAAAAUGAUCACAUUUGAGGAAAAGCUCCACAGUGAAGUCAUAGAGGAAAUUACUCUGGCGAUCAAAAAAGCAGAACAAGACUCAAAGAAAAAUGACAUCAAGGGAUUCAUUGAAAACAUCUGCAAGGAACUUGAAAUCAAGCUUGUUUUCCCCAAGGAUGUUGUGGACAAAAUCAGCACACUGAACAAUGCAAAUCAGCAAAAAUUCACUGAAUCCCUUCAAUGUUCUGUGAAGGACAUGGAUAAAUUACUGAAAACCAGUUUUCAAGAAAGAGAUUUUCAAAGCAAAAUAGAUUGUCUUCAAACCAAACCACAGGAUGUGCUGUUCAAUCGAGUGUGGGGCUGUGGGAAACCGUGUCCAUUCUGUGAAGCACCAUGUGAGGCUGGAGGAGGAGCCCACACUGAACACUUUGUCUCAAUCCACAGACCAAAAGGUCUCGGCUGCUACGGAUUUGAUGAUUCUAAAAAACUAGUGACAGACAUCUGUACAUCAUUAGUGCACAGUGACAAAUGCUUUAAGUGCCUUGACACCAAUGAUCAGUGGCAUCCAUACAAGGAGUACAAAAUAAUCUAUCUAGACUGGCGAAUCGAUCCAGACCCCAGCAUAAAGGCCUCACUAUACUGGAAAUAUGUGAUGACAAGUUUCAUCAACUGGUUAAUUAAUUCUGGAGACUUCAUUUGCCAAUCACAUGUAGACAGUGUUACCUGA